AAUAUUAUCAAAAGAAACAAAUAAACGGCCUCAUCACGGAGUCCUUAGAGUUUUUUGAUCAUCACGAAGCGGAGGAUAACGACGAUUUUGAGAUGGAUAUUUUACCAAGUGGGAAUAUAUUUAGCGAAUUGGAACGCAUCUGCGCCACAGGCUAUUUCUCAUCACAGCCAUCGAUUGAGGAUCAAUGGCAACAGACCUGCUAUGAAUUGGAACGCUAUCUGCACGAUGAGCCCAAGCUACAGAAAAUUCACAGUGAAUUGGAUACCGCUUGGGGUAUAUUCUCGACACCUGCCCGCCUGUUAGAAGAAUUGAAAAUUAAAGAGCAAAAUUUGGAUACGAUAUCGACCACAUCGUCGGUAUCAUCGAAUUGUUCGGGCAUCUCCUGGGAUAGCAAUGGUUCCGCCCAGACAUUAAGCUGUUCGGUGCUGGUCAAACAGGAGCGCAUCGAUGAGGAAGAUGAGGCGGGAGUGGUGGGUGUGGGAGUCGAUGAUAAGAUGAGUGUGUUGUUUGCAGCGCCGCCAUCGGCCAUAUCGCCAAAUCCUAGCAUUAGCAGUGGAGGAAAUAUGACGCCCACCAGCAGCACCAUUAGCAACACUAGCAACAGCAACAGCAACACUAGCACUAGCAAUCAAAUGAGCAAUUGCAAUACCAUCACAUUGAGCUCAAGCAGCAGCUCAGCGCCGGGCAUUAAGGUGCGCGUUUUGCAGGCCAAAAGUCAGCAUCAUCAGCACCAGCAUCAUUUGGGCCACCAUGUGCAGGAUUUUGUAUUGCCCACAUUAACGCCGCCAUCAUCGCCCGAAUCCAGCCUGCGAACACAUAACUAUGCUGCGCAACCGCAGCAGCAACAAAGAUCGAAACAAAUUGAUGCCAGCGAGUUGGCUGCUUUGAUUCAACAGCAGCAGCAACAACAACAGCAGCAGCAACAGCAAUCGAAUUCCACCCCCCCUACAGCAAUCUUACGCUUUACCAGCCAUCAAUUGUCAGUUAAAGGUCAGCAGCAGCCAACAAUGACGCAAUUGCAACAGCAGCAACAACAAUUGGCUGUACAGCAUUUGAGCAUAUCGCCGCAGGCUUUAACUAGCAACAGCAGCAGCAACAGCAGUAAUAGUAGUUCUAGCAGCAACAGCAACACCAACAGCAGCAUUAAUUCUCCGAGCACAUCACCCAGCGAGACUAACAACACUAGCGCCGCCAGCAGCAACACUAAUGUCAUUACCAGUAGCAGCAGCAGCAACAACAACAACAACAGUAACGAUCAGGCAAGCAUCACUAACAACACCAACAGCAACACCAAUACCGCUGUAGCCACCGCCGCCACUACCAACAUUCCCCGCAGCACCAUUGUACGUUUGACCACGGCCAAUGGAAAGCCAGGUGCCGCUGGCAUAAGUCUAGCACGUGUCAUACAAAUGCAAAACAAUGGCCAAUCUAAUGUUGCUGCCGUACUGACAGCAGCUGCCACUAGCAACAACAACAACAGCAAUAACAUCCAGCAACAAGUUGUUAAUUCGCCGCGUAGUGACAAAUCCACAAAUGCUUCUGCCAAAAGCCAUCACCCGCGCCAACACCAUAGCAGCAGCAACAGCAGCAGCAGCAGCAGUGAUCAUAGCCCGGAUGCCAAACGUCGGAUACACAAGUGCCAAUUUCUGGGCUGUAAAAAAGUCUAUACGAAAAGUUCACAUCUGAAGGCCCACCAAAGAACGCACACAGGUGAGAAGCCGUACAAAUGCUCUUGGGAAGGCUGCGAAUGGCGUUUCGCUCGUAGUGAUGAAUUGACUCGACACUAUCGCAAGCAUACGGGAGCCAAACCCUUCAAAUGCCGUAACUGUGAUCGCUGUUUCUCACGUUCCGAUCAUUUGGCCCUGCACAUGAAGCGUCAUAUGUGAGGAGAGAUCUAAGCUACAAUCAGAUCGAUUAAAUUGAGAAAAUAGUUGUUAGUACUUGGAGUAUCAUCUCUAAGGAUAAGAGGAGAAAAAGAAGAAGAAAAGAAGCCACCACCAACCACCUAAUGGGAAGUUCAUAUUAGUGAAAACUGUGUGCCAUCAAAAAAACAAAACAACAAAAACAACUUUUCAAAAAAAAAAAAACACACAAAACGGAACGAUGAAAUUGGAAAAAAAACCCAAAAACAACUUGAGUAACGCAAAAUCAAAAAUCACAUCACAAGCACAAACAAAACAUAGGAAAAAAGCAAAGAAUGAAUGAAAGUAAUAAGAGAAAAGUUCUCUAGGAAUUCCGUUUUUAAAUUAAUUUAUUAAUUUAAUAUAAUUAAUUGUCAUUUAUCGUUUCCAAUUUGUUGCCUUUUUAUGUAAUUUUAUUUUUAGCAGAACAAAAAAAAAAAACAAAACUAAUUAUUGUACAAUUUACCAAAGCUAAGCAACAAAAAC